CUCACUAACACUGGCGCACAGAGCGAGGCAUUGGCGACGGCAUAGAAACGAGACAAACGCAACGGUAUAAACAGCAGUUCACGAUUUGAGUUCCAACAAGCAGCACAUAAGAAACAUAAAAGCAGAGCUAAAAUUGAAAUUAUUCGGGACAAUUUAAAAAGUAAACACAACAAAAUGAAAUAUUUCAUUACAUUCGCUUUGGUUGCUGGCCUAUGCGCUCUUGCGCAGGCCCAAGAGCAAUUCUGUCAAGUUGACGUUCGCUCUGCUUGCAGUACCAACGGCGGAAUCAGCAAUUGUAAUGCCCGCUAUGGCGCCAUUGGCCAUUUGGAGCACAAGAUGCAGGAUUACAUCCAGCUGCAGCUGAAGAAGUCAUACGAAUACCUUCUCUUGGCCACCCACUUCAACUCGUACCAGAUGAACCGCCCCGGCUUCCAAAAACUCUACCAGGGUCUCUCCGAUCGCGCCUUCGAUGAUACCAUUGCACUCAUCCGCCAGGUGACUCGCCGCGGUGGCGCCGUUGACUUCAGCAAGCCACAUACACAUGGUGCCGCCGAGGUCCCAGAGGUGCACCUCAACGAGCUGGAAUCUCUGGCUCGUGCCCUUGAUGUCGAGAAGGAAUUGACCGCCGGAGCCAUUCACGUGCACACCAGCGCCACCCACAGCUCCACCGAGAACCGUGAGCACGAUCCCGAAAUGGCACACUACAUCCAGGAGAACUUCUUGGCCCAGCAGGCCAAAUCUGUGCGUACUCUGUCUGGCUAUGCCAACGACCUUUCCAAGCUGGUCAGCGUCAAGGAGCCAUCCCUCUCCGUGUAUUUGUUCGACGAGUAUCUGCAGAAGCAAUAAAUAGAUUGUUCUCUCUCUCUCUACAACAAUUCGUAAUAGCCUCUAUUCAAAUUUUCUUCUCGUUUUGUUCCAAUUACGAGUAAUAUUCUAGUAUUACCGAAAUUCCAAAAUCACCCCUCGCGCUGCGUACUAUUUAAUUAAAUUGUCAUCUGAAUUUUAGUAAAUAAAUCGAAGCGCAGCAGCAGCAAACAACAAAAAGCAAAAACAUUUGAUUUCCAAUCGCUUAUUAUUUAACUUUGAUUUAUAUUCAAACACACAUACACAUAAAAACACACGCGCUCACACACACAUAACACAACACACAUUCGCAUACACAUGUUUGUGAUAACGUUUAAGCUGCAAUCACUUGAACAAAUGUAUCUUUAAAUUAUGUUACCGAGUUAAAUAAAUGAAUACAACAAUA